AUGUCAACCAUUUCCGCACUCCAAACUCGGCUGAAAGAGCUAUCUGCUGCUCUCGCUCAAAUACAACCACUUGUUUCUCGGCUACACGGCUUUACUGUAUUUGUUGGACAGGGGGAUGAAGCCCGCCUAGAGCUUGGAGGAGAAAUCCAUUCCCGACUGAAGGAUGCUGAGGAUGAGUUGGAGCUAUUAAAGGACGAUGUCGACGCUUUAGAAACGCCAACAGACUCUAGAAGAAAGGGCGUGGAUUCAGAAAAGGAAACGGAGAAGGAGCGGGUUGUUGCGCUGGGUCGGCGAUUGGCGAGUGAUUUGAAAAGGACACGAGGCGACUUCCGCAACGCACAGUUACAAGCGAAGCGGAAUGCUGAAGUUGCUCGGCGCAAGGAACGGGAACUACUCCUUUCAAGGUCGGAUAGCGUUGAAAGACGAAACCCAGCGAAAGAGAAGUUGACGCAGGAUGAUAUCGUCAAGAAUGCCUCGCGAGAUGUCACCACGGCGUUGAGGCGAACGCAUCAUCUUAUGCAGGCUGAGCUUUCUCGGAGCCAGUUUGCACAAGAGACGUUAGAACAAUCUGGUGCUGCGCUAUCUUCUCUAUCAGAAUCAUACACUAGCCUUGAUUCGCUUCUCUCGUCCUCACGCAACCUUGUUGGUUCUCUUCUGCGUUCGCAAAAGUCGGAUACCUGGUAUCUCGAAACGGCGUUCUACAUCUUAAUUGGAACAAUUUCUUGGCUAGUAUUUCGAAGGCUCUUGUACGGGCCGCUUUGGUGGGUAGUAUGGAUGCCAUUCAAACUGAUCCUGCGAGUUAUUUUUGGUGUAUCAGGGGCUGUGGGCAUCACCAGCAAAGCUAUCGAGUCUUCAGCGACUACUGGGACGCCUGAAAUGUUGGUCCAGGAAACACCAGCUUUAAGUCAUGUACCAGAAGCCAAGGCCCAUGGCAUUGGAAAAGAUACCGUUCCGGACCAGGUCCCAGGAAUGGAAUCGGCGGACCGGGACUGGAUAAUUGAUAAAAUUGGUGAAAUAGUGGAGGAUAAUGAGGAGCAAGCAAAGCUGGACGAUUUUGCUUCGGAGGAGCUGCAAGGAGAGGCGGACAUACCUUCGAAUACCAAGAAGAGGAUCAUGGCCGCCAAUUUCUUCAACAAUAAGGCCCGCGCGGCUGUGGUGUCCGGCAGCUCAAAGCAAAAGCCAACAGAAGGAAAGGAAGAGCAAUCGCGACUGCAACCAUGGGUUGAGAAAUACCGUCCUAAAACACUAGACGAUGUCGCGGCCCAGGAUCACACAACAAAAGUGCUCCAACGAACACUGCAAGCUUCCAACCUACCUCACAUGCUCUUCUACGGCCCUCCAGGGACCGGAAAAACAUCCACUAUUCUCGCUCUCGCCAAAUCCCUCUUCGGCCCUGCCCUCUACAAAUCUCGCAUCCUCGAACUCAACGCAUCAGACGAACGUGGUAUCGGGAUUGUCCGAGAAAAAGUGAAAGGUUUCGCCCGUGUGCAACUUAGCCACCCUACAGGGGUAGAUGCCGAAUACCUUGAAAAAUACCCGUGUCCUCCUUUCAAAAUCAUUAUCCUCGAUGAAGCGGAUAGCAUGACCCAGGAUGCACAGUCUGCUCUUCGCCGCACAAUGGAGCAAUACAGUCGGAUAACCCGGUUUUGUUUGGUCUGCAACUAUGUUACUCGAAUUAUUGAGCCGCUUGCUAGUCGAUGCAGCAAGUUCCGCUUCAAACCGCUGGAUAACUCAGCUGCUGGUGACAGAUUGUCGGAGAUUGCGCGGACCGAAGGCUUAUCACUUGAAGAUGGAGUUGUUGAUAAAUUGAUAACCUGCAGUGAUGGUGAUCUGCGACGCGCCAUCACAUACAUGCAGAGUGCAGCACGGCUGAUAGGAGCGGCGCAGACUGGAAAGAAUGACGGGGAAGAUGAGGAAAUGAAGGACCAAGGGUCUGACACAAUCACAGUUCGAACUAUUGAGGAAAUAGCUGGCGUGGUCCCUGAAAGUGUUCUGGAUGGAUUACUCCAGUCAAUGCAACCGAAGAAGAUUGGCUCGUCAUAUGAGGAUGUUUCAAAAGUGGUCACAGAUAUUGUGGCGGACGGUUGGAGUGCGACGCAGGUUCUUUUACAGCUCUAUCGACGAGUUAUUUACAAUGACGCAAUUCCUGAUAUCCAGAAGAACAAAAUCGUGCUGGUGUUCUCAGAAAUAGAUAAGCGGCUAGUCGACGGUGCCGAUGAACAUCUAUCGAUUCUUGAUGUUGCUCUUAAGAUUUCCGGAAUUAUUGGUGGAUCCUAA